AUGGAUCCCCGUGAAGCUGCACAAUACGGGAAUGUCGAAAGACUACAAGAAUUGCUUGACAGCGGUGCUAUAACCCCUGACUGGACUGAUUCUGAUGAUUGUUCUCUUCUGCAUUGGGCUGCUAUUAAUAAUAGAUUACAUGUUGCUGAGUUGCUUCUACGAAGGCGAGCAAAUGUGAAUGCAGUUGGUGGUGUGUUGGCUUCAACACCUCUGCACUGGGCGGCGAGGCAAGGCCAUGUACUUAUGGUGGCAUUUUUGGUGACAAACGGUGCCCAGGUUGAAAAACGGGAUGUCGAAGGAUUCACGCCCUUACAUGUGGCAGCUCAAUUUGGUGCCACACCAGUAGUCGGUUACCUUAUUGCUCGAGGGCAAUCUGUUGAUGCUCCUGAUGAGUCAAGAAUUACACCGGCUAUGUGGGCAGCGGCAAAGUGUCCUCAUGUUGACCCGUUACAACUUCUGAUUACGCUUGGUGCUGAUGUGAAUAAGGCUGAUGCUGCCUAUCAUAACACACCUUUGCAUUGGGCUGCUACUAAUGCGAACGUUACUGCCGUAAAUACUCUGUUGAAAGCCGAUUGCGACUUGUCAGCUACGAAUCGCGAUAAUGAGACGGCUCUGGAUAUCGCAGUUCGCCGCGGCGACACCCUACUCAUCUCGCGAAUGGAGUUGGCAGCCAGAAGAAAAGGCCUGAUGAACUCCACAUGGCGCCAAAAGCUCACCGAGGACAAGACGACCUCAAGGCGAAUCCUUUGGUGUGUUCCAUUUGUCAUCUACUUCUGCAUAUGCCUGAUCCUUCAUCUGAAUACCUCACUUUCAAUCAAGCUCGCCUACCUCCUGCUUACUGCCAUAAUUUGUAAAUAUUUCCCAUUAAAAUUCUCCAACACUGACCUGUUGGAAUCUAUUCCUCCAUCAGUGGCAACAUCGACGAAAGUAACACUGAUUCUCACCUGGUUUUUCUACCUACAACCCAUAUCUACUUGGUACAUGCAAAUUACAUUUUCACUUCUGAUUUUCAUUCUACCGUUUACAUUCUUCACGGUGUCUUAUUCUGAUCCGGGUUAUAUUAGCACUAAUUAUCAAGAGAGGUGCAAAACUAUUAUAAAUAUUAGUGAGGGUAAAUGUCCAUCUGUAGCAUUUUGUCCGACAUGUCUCCUAAUGAAACCAGCCAGGUCGAAACAUUGCCGAUACUGCGAUCGUUGUGUUGCGAGAUUUGAUCAUCAUUGUCCAUGGGUGAAUAACUGCAUUGCCGCCAACAAUCACCGCAGCUUUAUUUGUUAUCUCCUGAUAAUAGCUGUCUCAACAGCACUAUUUUGUUCGGCCGUUAUACUGUACUGGCGGGAUAUAUGUGGACCACACACGUUAGAAGAUGUGAUGAUGUGCGAUCACUGGUUGAUAUUUGCUUUCAUAGUCGGUGCUGCGGUAUGCGGAUGGUCAACAACGAUGGCUGUUAUGCAACUGUAUCAAAUUCUGAUGGAAGUUACCACAAAUGAACGUCUAAACAUCCAUCGAUACUCGAAUUUUCAAGUUGGCACCAAUCAACUCGAUAUUCGAAGUCCUUACAACAAAGGGAUGUGCCGUAACUUCUACGACUUCUUCUGUGGAGAUCGUCAAGAUGAAAAUGGUUGA